AUGGAAUCCGUGCGCACACAACAAGCCAUACUUUCUGGCAAAAUGCUUGGUGGUUUCGUCACUAUGUUUUUGAAACACCAGGAUUUUGGGUACGUCGACCGUCUCUUCAUAAUACGUAAUUUGAAGGACCUUGGUUCACAGUGGACCAUUGUUGAUUACGACAGGAAUGUUCAUACUGUUACGUACAACAUGAAUAUUCACACUCCAAUGAUCACCCAAGGCUGGAAUGAUUUAAUAUCUUCUUAUGCAGAUGAGUCUGACAAAUUGGUUGUCUUCAAAUAUUUUGGAAAUUCGUCCUUCCAACUACACGUCUCUAAACGUUUUUGCGACUCAACAUUGAAAGCCAACUUCUUCAACCAUCUUUCUCUUCGUCGUCCUCUACAUACUUCAGACUUAAAGCAUUUUGAAGUUCAACUAUCAACAUAUUACUGUCGAUCCAGCGACUUGUAUUUGAAAAAAGAAAUAGCGACUUAUUUUAAAAACAGUGGUCUUAGAUCUAUUGUUCUACACGGACCACGGGGACAAGUCGAAUGUAAACUGAUCAUAAGACCUAAUUGUGUUAAGAUUGGAACUGGCUGGAAAAGUUUUUGUAAUCUUCAUCAACUUUCUGCAGAUGAUCAUCGUCAGAUGACAACUAAGCAAUGCAUCCUUGGUGAACAAUCCAUACUUGGCUCAAAAUGGAAGGGUGGAUUCUUUACUAUUUUCAUGGAAGACCAGGAUUUUGCGUUCGUCAAUCGUUUGUUUGUCAUUCAAUUAGGCAUUGAACUGGGACCACGUUGGACUAUUUGUGAUAAAAAAGGCCAUGCUCACCAUGUUACCUUCAACAUGAAUACCUAUGAAUCAACUGUCCAUAAAUUCCUAAGUCAUGUUAGAACAAAUGCUCCUCUCAUAAGGACCAAGUUAAUUCAUUUUGAGUUCCGGCUUUCUAAGUACAACUGCAAAGCAAGCUUUCUGGGCUUAAAUUCAGACUUACGACAAUAUUUUGCUAACACUCAGUUCGCACACAUUGUUCUUUACGGUCCAAAGGCACGAGUUGAAUGCAAGUUGUUGAUUAGACCUAGAUCAGUCAAGAUAGGAAGUGGAUGGAAACGUUUUCGUGAAGUUCAUGGACUCGAGGAAAAAGAUUUAAUUGUUUUUGAGGUUGACGAUCCAACACAGUUGCUUCAUCCAGAAGACGUUUCACAUACAUUAACGUAUUCUUACAAGCCAUUAACGUUUGCAGUCAUCACAGUUCCUAACCAAAGCCAGAGCAUAAGCGAAGUAAGCCCCCAGAAGGAAAAUUGGAAUAUUAUCGCUAGGGUCAUUCGUUCAUGGUUUGUUCCUGAUUUCACUAAGCAGAGGUGUCCUUUUUCCAUGGAGUUCGUUAUUCAAGACAAAGAGGGUUCUAAAAUACAUGCUUCAAUUAGACGUACUCUAAUUUACAAAUUUCAAAAUGACAUUUCUGAAGGCCAUGUUUAUGCUAUACAAAACUUCAGUGUUGCUCCGAAUUCUGGAAUAUACAGAACAACACACCACCCUUAUAAGAUAAAUUUUCAGUUUGGUACAAAAGUUUCUUUGGUUAAUGUUAAUUUGGUUCCUGAGAUUAAACCACAAUACACACCUUUGUCUUUAUUGACAACCUCUGCAUUUGAUACUGAUUAUUUGGUUGAUAUUUUGGGAUUACUGGUCGGAGUGGGGACUGAAAGAGAAUUGCAAGUUGAUGGAAAGACAACAAAAUUAAAUGUCAUAGCAAUAGAAGCCGAUGGAAUGUGUUUUGAGGCAUUUGAUAGAACACUAAGAGAUAUUAUGCGAAAUGUUGAUGAUGCCAAUAAAGACAAACCAUUUGGUGGCAAAGCAGUUGUGUUAGGAGGUGACUUUAGACAAAUUCUACCAGUUAUCAAAAAAGGAUCUAAGUUUGAUAUCAUAAAAUCAUCAAUCAACUAUUCAGAGUUAUGGAAUUGUUGUAAAGUGCUAAAGUUAUCCAAGAACAUGAGAUUAAGUACUACAUCAAAUACUGAAACAGCCAAUGAUAUUCAAGAAUUUGCUGAUUGGAUUUUGAAGAUUGGAGACGCAAGAAUGGAUCUAAAUGAAAAUGGUGAGUGCAUUGUUGAAAUUCCCGAACAGAUCCUAAUUACAAACACAGAUUUACCUUUAUUGUCAUUGGUUGAAUUUGUCUAUCCUGAAUUUGUGGUUAACAUGUUGAAUCCUAAUUAUUUUGAUGAUGGAGCAAUUUUGUGCCCAACAAAUGAUUCUGUAGAGCAAGUAAAUGAUUUCAUGUUGUCCUUAAUUGGUGGUGAUGAGGUGACUUAUUUAAGUUCAGAUACACCUUGCCAAUCUGAUGAACAAGAUGAAGUGCAAUCUGAAUGGUUUACAUCUGAAUUUUUAAAUGAUAUCAAAUGUUCAGGGAUACCAAAUCAUAAACUGAAGUUGAAAACAGGUGUUCCAAUUAUGCUCUUGAGAAACAUUGAUCAAGCAAAAGGUUUAUGCAAUGGCACAAGAUUGCAAGUCAAACAUUUAGGCAAGAAUGUAAUAUGUGCAACUGUAAUUACUGGAAAAAACAUUGGUGACAGCAUUUUUAUACCAAGAAUGGAUUUAGUGCCAUCUGAUUCAGGGUUGCCUUUCAAAUUUCAAAGAAGACAAUUUCCGAUAUCUUUAUGCUUUGCAAUGACGAUUAACAAAAGUCAAGGACAAACGCUUUCUAGAGUUGGCCUUUAUCUUCCACAACCUGUAUUCACACAUGGCCAACUAUAUGUUGCUAUUUCUAGAGUCAAAACCAAAAGAGGAUUGAAAAUACUUAUAUUGGAUGAAGAUGGAAAGGUAACAAACACAACUAAAAACGUUGUGUACAAAGAAAUUUUUGAAACUCUUUGA